GGGGUGGAUCUGAGAGGGUCGUUGAACUCGGUACGCACCAGUCACCGCGAUCUUCCAGAGAAGAACACUAACAACAUGUAAACCAAGUUCCUUCAACUUUCGGUCCAUCGAAUAAAACGAGCCUGCCAUCAUGGCUGGCGACCAAAACAAAGCCAUCUUCGUCUUCACCGCCCUCGCACUCGUCUUCCUGCCGCUGUCCUUUUCCGCCUCCUACUUUGGCAUGAAUCUGAAGGGCUUGACCGACAUGGACCGCACUGUAACCGAUAUUUGGAAGGUGUGCGAGACUGUCUCGUUCUGCAUCAUCCUGCAGGUCAUCUUGUUGGCGUUUCGAUAUCGCAUCGCGACGAGGCUGUCGCCUUGAAAUCGAAUAGAUCCGUAGGUAAGCUUCGGUUAGACCGUCGGUCUCUACCGUGAUAGAUGUGCUUUGGGCAAAAGGUAUUGAAAAGAGAAGUACAAGUAAGGGUACCAGUUGUGUUUCAUCCCUACCUUAUGCCGUCUGGCCCCUGGUUGUCCUUCAGCGUCUGCCUCCGUUCGCUGACCAGCCGCCUUC